AAGAUAAGCGCAAUUGUGCUACAGGGACAUCCGCUCACUACAAUUGUGCUCAGUCGCAUUGAUCCGAGUCCACUCGCUGCUGUGCUGCAGAGUUGGGAUUGCACAAAUCGUUGCAUGGUGUCUUCGAAGGAAGUGAGAAGCAGUGCUAGAAUUAAUAUCUGAUAACAUCCAAAGUUGUCCCAUCGUUGCAAAAUAAUCAGAUGCCUCUCACUGUGCGCGAUGGAGCCCUCCUUGCUGCCGGGAUGUGGUUUGCUGGAGCUAGCACUUUCUUCUACCGAAGGAAACAGACUUUGCCGUUUAAGGUGGCUUACUUCCUCUCAUGGCCCACCCUUGGGAGUGCUGUCAUCCUGGUGAUGACGCCAAGUGAAGACAAGAUGAAGAAGGAGCUGGCCAAGACUGGCACGGCUGACAGCGCGCGGGUGGAGGAGAUCCGGCAGCUGACUCAGCUUCAGCUGGACAAGAUCAAGCAGGCAGCUGCGCAGGGGAAGCUGCCGGGCAGCAGCACUCAGAGCUGGCAGCAGGCGGUGGAUGCUGUGCGCAGUGAUGAGUCGCGAUGAUGUCACAGCUUAAGUCUUGGUUUGUAAACUGCCAGCAGAGCAGGGCUGUGCCAGCAGAGCGCGAACCAUAGGACCUCGCACGAGCAUCCAAGAUUGUGAUUGCUCUGGGAGCACUUGAUGCAGAUAUGAUCUGCUGGAAACAAGUAGGACUUUUGCUGGUGCUGGCAGCAGGUUGGAAAUAAGGCAAUCAAAGACCGUACUAAGAUGACUGAAAAGCUCUUGCAUCUGGUGGCCUUGCGCAUGCUAUCUGAGUACUGCCACAUUCAUAAGCUUCAGAGGCAUUUGGCAUUGCACAGCCGAUGCCGCAGCCGAAGCUUGAUUUUUAGAUUGGGGAAUGAUGGCUGUGCGCAGAUGGGUUGUACAUGCUUGAUGCCAUGUGCAUGAGAUGGUCUGACCGGGUGUCACCCCGAGGCAAUAAAUAAGGCACCUCUACGGUAUACUUAGUAAGGGGAUUGAUGGCUUGGAAUCAGUGAGAUCAAGUGCAGCGUGCUGGCCCCAACAGCGGGCUUUGCUGGGCCAAAGCUUUGGAAUCUGAAUGGGUCCCAUAUGUCAGUGGAAUGCUUUCCACACAGUCUGCGCGAAGGCUUUCAACUGGCUUAAAAGAGCUUCUUGCAAUUGUUUGAAGCCUUGCAGGCAUACUCCAGCCUGGGAGCCAAAAUCUACCGCAACUGUACACAAGAUCAUAAAAACAGGUCUGGAAUAGUAAAUUAUAUUAGUAAACUAAUAGGAUUUAUUAAUGGCUUCCAC